UCUCAGAGAGCCCCGGCAGCUCUCUUCCUCCCCUAGCAACGGGCGCGGGGCGGCCCUGGCGACGGGCGGCGCCAUGCCGGUGUGGCUGCGGGAGCACAGGUGGCGGCAGAGCGACUCCGCCGUCUUCCUCUCGCUGCCCGUGCCCGGCGCGCGGGUCACCGCCGCCAACAUCUUCUGCACCGACCGCUACCUCAAGGUAAGCGUUCCUCCCUUUUUAUUUGAAGCCAUCUUAUACGCUCCUAUUGAUGACACAAACAGCACAGCGAAGAUUGGAAAUGGAAUCGUUUUCUUCACUUUGUAUAAAAAGGAAGCGGGCACGUGGAAUUCCCUAACUCUAGAGAAUGCUAGUAAGGAGAAGCUGCAAUAUCUAAGAGAGAACGCUGUUCUAAAAGCCCAUGAAAAGGCAAAAGAGGAGACAGAAGCAAAAAAAGUUACAAAACAAGAACAUAAAAAAUAUGCUUUGGAGGCCACAGUGAAGCUAGAAGAAGCAGAAAGAAAAAGAAUUGAAGAGCUGAAAGAACAGGAGCGGCAGAAAGUCACUAAGGAGUUGGAGUUAUGGAAAGAUCAGCAGAAAUUUGUUGAGAAUCAAAGGAAGGUACAAAAAGAAGGGCAACUACACGAAGAAGUAGAGCAACUAAAGGAGAAGAAAAAGGAAAAAAUUAACAAAACUAGCAUUCCUAGUGAAGAAACUUUGAAGACCAGACUCAAACCUACAGAAGGUAGUGGUUCCUAUAGUAUGUUUUCAGAAAAUUUAAAGGAAGAGCAACUACCAGCUCCUCGAUCUUCUGGUACAAUUAAAAUCAACUUCACGUCACGAGUUUUUCCUACAGCCCUACGAGAAUCUCGUGUAGCAGAAGAGGAGGAGUGGCUACAUAAACAAGCAGAAGCUCGAAGAAUAAUAAGUGCUGAUUUGUCUGAGCUGGAAGACUUAAAAGAAGAGGAGAAGAAUCCAGACUGGUUAAAGGACAAAGGAAACAAAAUGUUUGCAACAGGAAACUAUCUUGCAGCAGUAAAUGCAUAUAACCUUGCAGUCCGGCUAAACAAUAAGCUUCCACUACUGUAUCUGAAUCGUGCUGCUUGCCAUCUUAAACUGAGGAAUUUACACAAAGCCAUUGAAGAUUCCUCUAAGGCACUAGAAUUGCUGACACCACCUGUUCCUGAUAAUGAGAAUGCUCGAGUAAAAGCAUAUGUGAGACGUGGUACAGCCUUUUGUCAGCUGGAAUUAUAUGCUGAAGGUCUCCAGGAUUAUGAAGCAGCUCUCAAGAUUGAUCCUAAAAAUAAAACUAUAGAAAAAGAUGCAGAGAAGAUUCGACACGUAAUUCAAGGAACAAUGCAAAAUUCAUUAAAAAAUCAAAAUUAAAAAGGAACUUUUUGAGAGAGGUGCCUUUUGAGGGCAUCAGGAGUCUUAGUUCACGUUCUCUUUGAUAUGUUGUUAACUAGAUAUUCUUUUGUUUCAGUUAGAGCACUGACAGAAUUUAUAGAAUUUAUAGAAGAUCAGAUAUAUGAAUUAAUAUUUUUUGCAGGUAUGGUACUAUAACAAAUACAAUUAGAUAUACUGUAUAUCCUUUUGAUACAGAGUUGUCAUGUUUUUGCUUUCUGUGAUGUAUUGGUUAGGCUGAAUAAUAAAACAUACAUUUUGUACUCGA